GAUUAGAGUCCAGUUUAUCCAUUCACUCUUGUUGAGUUGGUUGUGAACUUGUGAACUUGUUAUACUUUAUUCGGAAUUUUUGAUCUUCGACCUCUUUAUGUUUGAUUUAUUGGCCGAUUUAUGUUAAACUAGACGUCGUUUUGAGGAGGCGGUCGUGUUGUUGCCUAGAUUUGCAUUUAUCUCUCUUUUGCCUCAGCCUUGUUGAUUUCUUACUCUUACCGCGUAUCUGGAUUCGUGUACUGGACUAUCGAAUACCUUGAAUUGGAGAGUUGAACUGAUAACUUAUAUUGCUGGUCUCUGCUAUCGUUCCGAAAAGGCGGUCUUGUGGUUGCCUAGACCUACAUUUGUCUCCUCAGCCUUAUUGAUUCCCUGCUCUCGCCACAUAUUCAAAUCCGAGUAUCAUCUCGUAACUUCGGUUGGACGACCAAGUCAACAAGUUUACUCUCAUUCAUUCAGUUACUCGCCUCAAUAGCGACAAUGGAAGAUUCCGAAUCCAAGAACAAUAGAUCUCCUCCUGGAGCAAUCACCUGGAAUGCUUCAGAUGACAUGUUCGAGUUCUCCGAAAUGGAAAUCGAGAAAGUUGAUUCGGAAGAGGCAGUCAUCAAACAAUCAAUCACCAAUGAAUCUCGUGAAAGGUUAAAACUUCCCGGAGAAACAGAAAAUAUGGAACGAAAAGACGAAGAAAAAACUCCACCUAUGAAAUUCAAUGAUGGAUAUCAAGAUAUUUCAAGAUUUCCAGGUCAAACAGAUGAGUCUGAUCAAAGCGUUGAUCAAAAAGGUGGUCCCAGUUCAAAUGAUGUGCGACCCCUUUUGACUUCAGAGUGGGGGGAUGCCGGCGAGCAACAACGCAAAGCUCGACAAGAGCUCAGUGAGAGAGAUCACAAUGCAGUCGAGUACAGCAAAUCGCUUUUGGAUGAAGGCGAUACUCUGGUAUACGUCUCAUAUCCGGGAGGCAUUACUUUCUACGAUUUCAAGGGGGAACCACAACCAUACAAAAUUUAUCGAGCCAGUAGCGACAAAUUAAAAGCUCUUGGUUCAACAAAAUUCUCUCGGAUGUUCGAAGAACGACCACAAUAUUGGGCGAGAAAGAGAAAGGGUCUUUUACAUUAUCUUCCAGAAAGUGUCAGAUAUGUACUUGAUCUUACACCACUAGAAGAAGGUGAUGAGGCAGUCGAAUUGGUAUCAGAGUUAUCCUGCUCGGCAGGAAUUAGGAAUUGGUACUUGGCUGAGAAGCGAUGUGGUGUCGAAAAGCAUCUGGUUGCUGGUGAUGAUGAUAUUCCUGGACCUGCAAUUGUACCAGCUAAAUCUGCCGAACAAUUUGGAUUGAAAGUCCCGGUAGACGGCUACAUAGCCUUUCUUGAUUCGCAGUCAAGGAUGAACUCGCAUGUCAACGAUAAAUUUGUUUUUACAUCUUUGGGUCGUACGGUACCUAAAGAUGAUACUUUUGUUUGUGACAAGUCUGUCCAAGAUUCGAAUAUGCAGAGAGCUAUUAAGAAUAGCCUGGAAGAUGGUCAUUUGUUUAUUGGGCCUUCGGGAAGUGACCCGGUGGGAACUGCUCAUCAUGACUCUACCGAAGUAGCGGGGUCAAAGAAAAGGGUCCUAGAUUAUUGUCCGAUCCGUCAUCGAUUUGGAGUCGAAAAUCUUCUUAGAAUCAUUCAAGGUAGAGCACCUAAACUGGAUUCUGCGCCAAAAGUAUGGACAUUAUUUGUUUUGGCAAAGUAUUAUGAAUGUACAAGCGUUGUGAUUGACUACAUAACCUCAUGGAUCAUGAAUGGAAAUAAUAUCAAAUUCCUCGAAGUUCUUCCCGAAGCCAGUAUAAAUAUUGGGCUUGGCUUGAAAUCACCUAUGAUUACAAGAGCUGCGUUCUCAAUUCUCGUUUCCGAAGAAGCGCUCAAUGUUGCUUCAAGAACUUUUUGUGCAGGUCUUGGUAGGCGAGCAGAGUACAAGUAUCUUCGGCCUCGUGAAGAGCUUGAUGAAGAUUUGUGGAACGUUAUUCAACAUGCCAGUCAAGACUUCUGCGAUCGUGUUCAAAAAACAAUCACCGAUUUGUUGGAUGAAAGAAUGGCUUGGUUUUUGGAACUUCCAGAGUACAGGAAAAUAUGCAAGUUUGAAGACUAUUGCUAUAAAAAAAAAGAUAAGAGCAAGAAAGAUGAAGCCAUCUAUGAGAGAAGAAAGUCGGUUAUUCAGCAGUUACUCGUCAAUCUUCGUCGAUUUGUUCGAGGGAAAAUUGUUACUUGUUUGAAUCAAGGACUAGAAGUCUUUGAGAUCACUAUGGCAAGUAAAAGCCAACGCGAAGCUCAAUGGGAAGUGCAUGCAGCUUCAGGAAAUGAAUCGAAUGAGGGUCCAGAUCCAAAUUACAUUUACAACAGUCUUGGCGAUCGUGAAAGAGUCUUACUGCCACAUUUCUGGCGUCGCCUUCGAGAUACAUAUUGGGAGGAUGAUUUUGAGAACCCUAAACUUAACUUAUACAAUCCGCAGCUGGUUCGUUCAGGCAAAAGCCUUGUGGAUAGGGAUAAUAUGCGCCUGACAAAUACUUCUCAUCUUGAGAUUUAUGUCAACGACUUUAAUCGCGAGGUCAACCUUGCGGUACAUAAGGAGAAUUACAAUCCAUCUUCGCCCUCGAACCCGUUACCUACUAUCCCAGCAGCUGAACCGAAGAGCCUAGAUGAAGAGAGACCUAAUUAUGCAUUUAUGAGUGCAUACAACCAAGACCAUGCAUAUCACCAGGCACGUCUAGCAAGUAUUAGAGCAUUAGAACUUGAGCUUGCCGAAUUUGAUGAGAAACCAGAUGAUGUAGCAUCAAUAUCCUCCGUCUCAACUGACGCUUCGACCAAGCCAUUACUUGAUCUACCUUUGCGCACAAAAGAGAAUAAACUUAAGGUCGAAAAUAUAAAGGAUGAAUAUGAUAUUAAUGCCCAGCCGGGAGCUUCAACCGAGGCGAAAGAGACGCCGAAGAAUUCUGCACCAAAGGUUCUCGAGAACUUUUUGCAGCAUAUGAGACAUAAAUCGCUUGAUGAUUAUAAAUCAUACAGAGCCGCUCCAUUCACAGAUAUCUCGCACCCAGACAUAGGAACUAGCUCCGCUCUUCUAUCGAAAGAUACCCCAAACUUUACCUUCGCUAAUACAUCCACGCCCUUCUCCGCCAACUCCAGUCCUUAUCAACUAAGCGAAUCCCCUCACAAUUUCAAAUUCUGUUGUUUCCUCGACGAACUUAAAUCUUAUACGGACCAAAUUUGUCACUCGAUGCUCUCCAAACCAGACGGAUCAGAAAACAACAUGUUGACGGAUACACUACUCUGUUUAACCGAUAAGGAAUGGCAGUACUUACCGCUUUGGGCAGGGGGGAAUGACGAUGGCAGUGGUGGUGUGACGAGCGCGGAUGUACCACCCGCUUAUUAUGCUAAUGUGGGAGGAUUGACGCCGGGGGUUAUGUAUAAAGGGGCUAGUGGAUUUUUGGGGGUAGGAACAGGAAUGGGAAGUGAGAGAAAUAGCAGUUUGGAUGUUAAGGACGGGAGUGCGAGAACUGAGACAGAAAUAGGAGCUGGGAGUCAAGUGGGGAGUCAAAUUGGUACAGUGUGGGAUGAUGACAGUGAAAGUAAUACGGGAAGUGUCUUCUCGACAGGAAGUUAUGAUAUGGCUGCUAUGACGCCCACGGGAAGUGGAAGUGAAAGUGAUUUCGAAAUUGUAAGCUCUGGAGAAGAUGAAGGGUUAGAGAGCGGUGAUGAUUUCACGAUUGAUGGGGAUAGUGUUAGUGUCAGUGAGAGGGAGAUGUCGGAUGGUGAGUUUGAUGAAGAGAAUAGGGAAAAUGAGAAGGGGAAGGGAAAAGAGAUAAAGGAUGAGAUGAUGGAUGAGAAUGAAGAUGGUGGGGAGGACGAUAUGGAUUGGACGAAUCAAGAAGAUUCAGAAGUGGAAGAUGAUUGGGAGCGUUCUUUUACUGAUUUGUAGAGGUGGUUUUUUAAAUCUUUUUUAAUAUAAAUCUUUGAAAUCUUUGAAUCAUUUUGAAAUUUAUUUUAGAAUGAUAUUUUUUUAAAAAAAAUUAAAAUUUAACAAAUGAAAGUAUAGAUUAGAUAAUAAUAAGAAAUCUGAUUGUUAUU